AUGGCGGCGUCAAGGCCACACAAUCUCUUCGUGGGGGAGAUGGGAGUCAGCGGGCCUAGUCCGAACCUCCUGGCACCUGGACCCCGGGUGGGACGGAGAGGCUGCUCGACAUGGCAGCAGGACACGGCGGGCAACUGGAUACGGCUGCUCGGAGCGGCAGCUGCUGCCCGCUCAGAAGUCACCUCCAAGGGUCGCGAGGUUCGGUCAACCAACUCCCCACCAGUCACCAACAUCAUCCGAGUGUCCCGGAACCACCAACAGCUGCACAGGGAACUGCUGUUCACCCAUCGCAAAGGCCUCAGCCUUCGAUCCAAGCCGGAGCUCCUGCAGGUGCUCGAACACAGGAACCGGCGCAGGGAGGGGAUAGAGAACAGUGUGGAAUUGUCACCGCUGGAGCAGGAGCUACAACGCUGGCAGCAGAGGCGAGAGCAGCGCCAACAGCAAGAAGAAUCCGGGGAUGCUCUCGAAGACCAGCCAGAAUUCAUUCGGGUCCGGGAAAAACUACGCAGGAGACAACGCUCGCUGGAUGUCUCCCCCCAGCGUGCAAACCCCUCCUCGACCCCUGGCUCUCUUCUGCGUCCUUGCCUAACCAAUGCAGAGUUCUCCAGGGCCCAUACCUCUCCUUCCCCUGAGGUCCCGGAUGCUGACAGUCUACCGCUCCGGGGUUCCACGGAAGCUUCCAGCAUUUCCUCUGCCCCCUCUCAAUGUUCUCUUGCCAACUCAUGACAACCCCACCCCUUUCCUGGCUUAG